CCUAAAGCUUCAGGCUUUGGCUCAGCUCAUGGCGACACCUACCACAGGCGUGCUACUUGUCUUGGAAGCAAAACCAGCGUCUAAAGCCACUCGCAGCAUCCAUCCACUCACUACUUACACAUCUCUCAACCCUCCAAUGCAAGCUCUAAGCAAGUAGCACGCCCAUUUGGGUUGCUCCCGCGUUUUUUUCCUCGAGAUUGUCGGAAGUUCUCGGCGAUGGGGUCACUCAGGACGGCUGGAACAGCUCGAUGCCUGGCUCUGCCGGAGUCCUCAUCUACAUACUUGCUUCAAGAACUAAAGAUGAUAUGGGACGAGGUUGGACAAGAGGAAAAUGAGAGGGAAAGAAUACUGGAAGAGCUAGAGCAAGAGUGCCAAGAAGUUUACAGGAGAAAAGUAAAUAGUGCUAAUAUGUUGCGGAUUCAACUGCAUCAAGCAUUGGCUGAAUCUGAAGCAGAAUUUACCAACCUACUUCUUUCCCUUGGAGAAAGAUCAUUCCCAGGCCGACCUGAGAAAAUGAAUGGCACUCUAAAGGAGCAGCUGAAUUCCAUCACACCAGCCCUGCAAGAAAUGCAAAUGAAAAAAGAAGCCAGACUAAAACAGUUCACAGAGGUUCAGACUGAAGUACAGAGAAUCGCCUCCGAAAUAGCAGGACGCUCGGAGAAUGAAGUUGUCACAGUAAAUGAAGAUGAUUUGUCACUCAAGAAACUUGAGGAGCACCAAAGUGAGCUGCAACGACUUAAAAGAGAAAAGGGCGAUCGCCUGUGCAAAGUUGAAGAGUAUAAAGUUCUAAUUUGCAAUUUCGCAAAGAUUAUGGGGAUGGAUCCCUCAAACGUUCUUGCUAGUGUUCACCCCAGCUUGCUAAUUGGAGCAAAUGAACAACAGAAAAAGAACAUCAGUGACGACAUCCUUAACAAGCUCAAUACUAUGGUCCAGCAGCUUAAAGAAGAGAAGAACCACAGAUUGGAAAAGCUCCACAGCCUUGGAAAAGCCUUGGCAAACUUAUGGAAUAUACUAGAUACUGCGAUGGAAGAACGCCAGCCUUACGGGCAAAUUAAUAUAUUUUCAUUGACUUCAGCCAAUGGUAUGCUAGGUCCUGGAAGUCUAAGACUAGAGAAAAUUCAGCAGAUUGAAUCUGAAGUUCAGCGACUAGAUCAGUUAAAAGCAAGCAAAAUGAAAGAGCUAUUCAUCAAAAAGAAAGCUGAGAUUGAGGAAAUUUGCAAGAUAUCCCACAUGGAUGUGCCUUACCAGACAGAAAUGGACAACAUAAUGGAACUGAUAAUGUCAGGAGAUGUGGACCACGAUAAUCUACUUAAGACAAUGGAUGGAUAUAUAUACAAAACAAAAGAGGAGGCCACAAGCCGUAAAGAAAUAAUGGACAAAGUCGAAAAAUGGAUAACUUCAUGUGAUGAGGAGCGGUGGCUAGAAGAAUAUAGCAGGGAUGAGAGAAGGUACUCAGUAAGCAGAGGAGCCCACAGGCACUUGAAACGCGCGGAACGUGCUAGAAUUAUAGCAAACAAAAUUCCAGGCUUGGUAGAGCUUCUAAUUGAAAAGACAGAGAUCUGGGAACAUGGGAGAAAAAAGAUCUUCUACUACGAUGAGCUUCCCCUUUUGGAAAUGCUGAAACAGUACAUGUUAACACUGAAGGAAAAGGAAGAAGAGAGAUGCAGGCAACGGGAGAAUAAAAAGGUACAGACUCAACUUGUUAAGAGGAAUGAAAAUUCAUUUAUAUCAAGGCCCAACACAGGCUGCAGUCGUCCAUCCAGCAGAGGCUUCAAUACCAGCCAUCGCUCUACCUCCUUUUCAAGCCACAGAGUUUCUUCUGUAGAUCAACAACCUAUUUCAGAUAACUCAGCUGAAAAAGAUAUGCAUAUAAGAAAAGUUAGGGACAGAAGUAUGCAGAGUAAGGCGGGGAAUAACAGAAGCUGUACAGUCCAUGAUGAAGAUAAAACAUCAGGGGUCUCCACAAAACAAGGCCUUUCAUCAAUUUAAUUAUCCCUUUCUUUCUGGUCUCAUUAGAUGUGAAAUUAACAAUACUACUCAAAGCUAUUGCAGAAGUGAAUCAGUAGAUUCAUAUGUAUUGAUACAACAUUCAUGUAUUUAUUAUUAUAUCACUGAGUAAAGCUCUGCUCCUUUAACUA